UUAUAAAUAAUGUAAUUAUUUUUAUUUAUAUCAUUAUUAUUAUUAUGUUUUAUUACCUUAAGAGUGUCGAGGUUUACAGGCCAAGUGAUGGAGUUUGGUCAUCUGUAGCUGAUAUGGAAAUAAGCCGAUUUCGUCCUGGAGUAGCUGUAUUAGAUGGGUUAUUGUAUGUUAUGGGCGGAGAAAUGGAAGAACCAGUUGUUUAUAAUACUGUAGAAAUAUACAACCCCAACAGCAAUACUUGGACUACAGAGAUCUUGUCAAGAAAUGGAGAACGAACUUAUAGUGGAGUAGUCAUUGAUAGACCACACCAUUUUCUUUAAUCAGCUUACAGAAGUACUCAUUGUUAGAAGUAACAUGACCAGUACAUUUUUGUAUAAAUAUAACACAUGACAUGUAUUGUUUUUUGAAUAUUUGAAGAUAAU